GAGGGCUCCUCCGCUGUCAGACUCCACUGCUCAACGUUUGCCAGACUCGGAUAAGAGUGGACGGAGGGACUUGGGGCCGGAGAAGGGAUUCGCGAGCUGAUUUUUUUGUGGAGACCCUCGCCAGUGGAUUGUGAUCAUUCUUUCAGGUUGAAUUAAGGCUGGACAGUGGUGAUGUCACUGCAAAUGAGUGAGGCAGAGGGCGCUGUGAAGGUGGAGGAGUGGCAGCAGACGUUUUACGCCCCAGACUCUGGCAUUCAGUCGGGAGCCACCACCAUUCGAGAUGAGGACAGCGUCAGUGCCAGCGCUGGCGAGAACGCCACAGAUAUGGAGGCUCAGUACAGUCUAACCCGAGCUCAGCGAGUGCGUGCGGCCAUGUUCCCCGAGACGCUGGUGGAGGGAGAGACAGCGCUCACCGCACACAGCAAUCCAGACCAGCCCACCAAUGUGCAGAGACUGGCCGAGCCCUCGCAGCUCCUCAAAACAGCCAUCGUCCAUCUCAUCAACUAUCAGGAUGAUGCUGAGCUGGCCACUCGCGCCGUUCCAGAGCUCACCAAACUGCUGGCCGACGAGGACCAGGUGGUGGUAAACAAGGCAGCACUGAUUGUGAACCAGCUUACGCGGAAGGAGGCGUCUCGCCGUGUGCUCAUGCAGUCUCCUCAGAUGGUGUCGGCUGUGGUGAGGGCCAUGCAGAACACCGGAGACCUGGAGACGGCACGCUGCGCUGCCAGCGUCCUGCACAGCCUCUCCCACCAGCGCGAGGGACUGCUGGCCAUCUUCAAAUCAGGCGGCAUCCCUGCACUAGUGCGCAUGCUCAGUUCCCCUAUGGAGUCAGUGCUGUUCUACGCCAUCACCACGUUACACAACCUGUUACUGCACCAGGAGGGAGCCAAGAUGGCGGUGCGUCUGGCCGAUGGACUGCAAAGGAUGGUCCCUCUUCUGAAAAAAACCAACCCCAAGUUCCUGGCCAUCACCACAGACUGUCUGCAGCUGCUGUCUUACGGCAAUCAGGAGAGCAAGUUGAUCAUCCUGGCAAAUGGUGGGCCAGAAAGUUUGGUGUUCAUUAUGAGAAACCACAACUAUGAGAAGCUCCUGUGGACCACCAGCAGAGUCCUGAAGGUGCUUUCUGUCUGUCCAAGCAACAAGCCGGCUAUUGUUGACGCUGGAGGUAUGCAGGCUCUCGGCCAACAUCUCACAGGUUCGAGUCAGCGUCUGACACAGAACUGCCUGUGGACCCUGAGGAACCUCUCUGACGCUGCAACCAAGCAGGAAGGUCUGGACGGUCUCCUGCACAUCUUAGUGAGUCAGCUGGGCUCAGAUGACGUGAACAUGUUGACCUGUGCUACUGGCAUCCUGUCAAACCUUACCUGCAACAACGCACGCAACAAGGCCCUGGUCACCCAGAGCGGAGGGGUGGAGGCGCUCAUUCACGCCGUGCUGCGGGCCGGAGAGAAGGAGGACGUGGCCGAGCCGGCCGUCUGUGCCCUGCGUCACCUCACGAGCCGCCACCCCGACGCAGAGCUGGCCCAGAAUGCAGUGCGUCUGCACUAUGGCAUCCCCGCCAUCACCAAGCUCUUGGGCCAGCCGCACUAUUGGCCCGUGGUGAAGGCCACAGUGGGUUUGAUUCGUAACUUGGCCCUGUGUCCAGCCAAUCAGGCGCCUCUGAGAGAAUCUGGGACAAUCCCUCGAUUGGUCAACCUGCUGUUGAAAGCUCAUCAGGAAACUCAAAGACACGGCUCAGGAGCCCAGCAGACCUAUCAGGAUGGCGUGCGAAUGGAGGAGAUUGUGGAAGGCUGUACAGGCGCUUUGCAUAUACUGGCCAGAGAUCCCAUCAACCGAGGGGAGAUCGCCAGCAUGCAGACCAUUCCUCUGUUUGUGCAACUUCUGUACUCCUACGUGGAGAACAUAAAGCGUGUAUCUGCCGGUGUUUUGUGUGAACUGGCUCUGGAUAAGCAGUGUGCCGAGAUGAUCGAUGCAGAAGGAGCAUCUGCACCCCUAAUGGAGCUCCUGCACUCUCCCAAUGAGGGGAUUGCCACGUAUGCUGCGGCCGUUCUCUUCCGCAUCUCUGAGGACAAGAGUUCAGACUACAGGAAGCGUGUGUCGGUGGAGCUCACUCAUUCCCUCUUCAAACAUGACCCCGCGGCCUGGGAAAUGGCACACGCCGCCAUGCCACUCGACCCUGGAUAUAUACCAGAUGAUCUGGAUGCAGUUUACCCUCCAUACGGUUACUCUGAUUUACCCAUGGAUGGCCUCCCGCUGGACGCUGAGCUCCAUGAGCAAUACAUGCCAGAAAUGACCUAUGACCCUCGACAGGUGUACCCAAAUCCUCUUUAACAACACUGCCAGCAGUCUUCAGGUCAAAUGAAGUGGAUGAUGAAGAUGGAGACUACAAACCAGUUUGUUUCCUGCAAAAAAAAAAAAAUAAAAUAAAAAAUCACAGAGCAGGGCUUGAACUGUGCAGUGCUGGAAUGAAAGAAGAAGAAAACUCACGACUUGCUUUAGUUCACCACCGGUCUGUUUGUGACGUGGACUCUAAGCACUGCCUAACUCAUCUUGUUAUCUUGUGCUACUAACAGAGUGACAAAGCCUAAAAGUGUGGUGACGCGAUAAGCAUGUGAUCAUAACAUGUACAUUUUGUACUUUACAUUGUUUGUCCAAAGAUGUCCAGACAACUCCGUCCUAGAAAUGUAGCAUAGCUAGCUAGCGGCUCGGCCACACGAGGGUUCGUUUUCCUUUGCGUUCUGUGUAUUUGUGGCUCUGAGGCAUUGCUACCGAGUAGAAAACAAACAAAAGCAACAACAAAACCUACAUCUAAAAACAGACACUCAUUUGUAUUUUCAUAAUCUCAUUAUUAUAAGACGACAUUUGUUGACAUUGAUAUGUUGUCCUGCCUUUUUUCUGGUACUGCAAACCUCUUCUAACAGGUCAAGGUCAGGAUUUCUUUUGUUGGUUUAUUUUAUUUUAUUUUAUUGUUUAUGAGACAAACUGAUAUUCAGUUGGAAGAGAAAGUUUGUUGCGUAUGAUUUCAUGUAAAGACUUUCUAGCAGGCAUUGAUGGAUGACAGAUCUGUACACAUUACUCACAGCUAUAAUAUACAAAAGUAUUUGGACACAAAUUCUUAAUAAAACAAUAAGAUAUCAAUGCCAUUGGUUCUGAAAUUAAAAUCUCAACAAGCACACACAAGUGUUCAAAUACAGUUGGCUAUGGGCCAGUUUAUUUUCUAUUAUAAAUUAGCUGUAUUUUUUAAUGACUGCUAUCAUGCAACAACAUUGUAAAUCCAAAAUUAAUUGUAGGAUUCAAAGAUUUGCAAUUAUGUCAACAUUGCUAAAUACAAUGAUUGGCCACUUUUGUAGUAUGUUUUAGAGAAAUCCAGUAUACAAUGAGUCUAUAAAAUGACCAUUUGUUUUUCUUUCAGUGCUAUUACUGUAAUAGGGAACAUUUCAUAAGGAGCAUGAUGUCAUUAUCCUGAAUGAGAUUUUUUUAAAAUCUUAUUUUGCACAAUAGUUCGUUUUCCUUUUCUGAUUACGCUCUAGAUAUGUUGAUGUUCAUUAAGACUGAACACAGUGUACUGUUUUACAAAGGAAUGAUUAGCAUUAUAGUGAUUGCUUUUCACCCAUAAAUAGUUUCCAGCUAGACUUUCAAUACAAAACAACCCCAUUAUUAUUAUUAUUACAGCUCUCUGGAACACUUUAUUCUGAUUGGUCAAAUUAUUGUACUAUUAUGACUGGUCGACUACAUUAUCCUUAACUUGUUUAUUCUCAUGUCCUCUUUAUAUAACAUUCCUUAGACUUUAAAUAUUUUUUUAUACAAAAACUAUAUUGUUUUACAUCAUUGUAUAUAGACAGAUAUAAAUGUGUUUUGAAUGACAUGCUGAAUUUUGUGGUCAUGACUGAUUAUGACGCAAGGGAUCUUACACAUGCAUUUGAAAGGCUUUGCAAUCGGUGUGACGUGUGAUUGCUGAUUGAUGAAACUGCAGUAAUUGUCAAGCAUCAUUCAUUAACUGUAACUAUAAUUUAGCUUCAUGAUUGCAAAUCUGCCUGCAUCUGUUCAUUAUAUAAGGAACAUGUAUGUGCCAAAAGUAAUAGUAGUUAUAUUGAUGAAGACUAUUCUGGUACAGUUGCCCCAGUUAUGCUCAACUAUUUAAAAGCAAUGGUGUUAGUAUCAAACAAAAAAUAAAAUUUGCUGAAUAUUUAUUCACCCUCAGGCCAAGAGUUUGUUUGUUCAUCUGAACAGAUUUUGAGAAAUGCGGCAUUGCAUAACUUGCUCAACAAUGGAUCCUCUGCAGUGAAUGGGUGCCGUCAGAAUGAGAGUCCAAAACAUCUCAAUGAUUGAUCCACAUCUCUCCAGUUGAGCAAUUAAUGUCUUGUUACGUGAAAACCUGCAAGUUUGUAAGAAACUAAUCCAUCAAGACAUUACCUUAAGUCCAUUGCUUCCAGCUAAAAUACAAAUCCAAGAUCCAUAAUAUUGUUUUCUU